GAAGAUAGAAGUAUAGAACGGAAGAACAAGCCAAAUGUCGAACAAAUCACCAAUAUUUCCGAUGCCAGAGCCUCGUCACUUUAGCGACUAUGGUUUCGAUCCCCAAAUCGACUACUUUCAGGUUCUAGAGGAAGCACGAAAGCACAAGCGGGAAACGUCCAGAUCCGUAGAUGCUCUGCACUUCAAGUUACAGAAACCCAUAACGAAAGAAGACUCGAAGAAAAGCAAGAAGAAGAAGAAGCAGUGGUGGACAAAUGCUCUCCUCUUCUGGAGGUGGAAAUGGGCUCACGGUGACACCCCCAAUGGUGAAGAUUGUGGUUUCAACAAAAGGACCCGAGUUUGCAGAGGAUCAAUAUCAGGACCAGUUUACAUAACAGAGAGCAGAAGUGGGUCGACAACGCCGUACCGGACUAGUUGUAGGCCUGCAUCGGGGCCGCUCGCUGGGACACUUAUGCCGACAAUGAAAGGGGAGAUAGAGAUACCUUAUCUCAGUCUCAGAGACCUCAACAUAGACUUGGAGCCACAGCAACACCAUCGAAUCUCAACAUCCGCCAUGCCCAUCUACUUAGUUACUUAGUUUUCUUUUCAGUUUCAGGUCCCUUUUUUUCUUCUUUACAAAAAAAUUAGUCCUUUUUUAGAGUUUUUAUUGGCCA